AAAACAUGACAGUUUUAUUUGAGUUUUAGAAAUUGUUUACAAAUUGAAAGUGGGAAAUAGAAAUCGGCACGCUAGCAGCUUGGACUUGGAGACAUGUCUUCAAAACGCAAACUUGGCGAUGAUGUUGAUGAAACUAUGAAGAAGAAACACUGCAGCAUGUGUGUCUUUAAUAAAGAGCAGAUGUUUCAGUUAUUGUCGGAGAGUGAAUCUCGUCUGAUAGAAAGAAUGGAUGUGGGAAGUGGGAACCAUGAAUCUCAGGGAGAAUCUCAAAAAUCAAAUGUGCAGUGCCAUAAUUUCCCCGUCAAUAGUUUCCCUCUACAAGGCCUCAACAAUAACAACAGCAGCAUCAACAGAAACCUGUCUCCUCAGCAGUGUGUGAGGUGCCUGGCAGGGGAACCGGGUCAUUUCCAGCAUGUGAACAGUUGAGAUAGAUGGCAGCUCAGUAUCGUCACAGUCAGCAGGGCCCAGUAGUGUGAUUCUAUCAUGAAUGCUCAUUUGCCAGGGGUCUAAGCCCAAUGUUGUCAACAUUUUCAUUUAAAGUUGUCAUAUCUUUGUUUGAAAUGUACUUACCAUUGUCAGAUUGCUUGAAUACAUAUAUUUUUAGGCUUUUUUGUAUAUAUGUACAAAAAGACUCUGUUUAUUUAGACAGUCAGAUAAAUUACAUUAUCAAGAAAAGCAAAAACAUAUUUUGAAUAUGAAAACAAAUGUUUAUGUCUAUUGUCUCAAAUUCCAUGAAGUAGCUACAGAAUUGUUUGUUUAAGGUAUUUUUUGGUACAUGUAUCAAGUAUUUCUAAAGAAUGUGAAUGACAUUGAUUUGAAAGAGGAGACAUACAUGUAUGCUUUUAACAUAUAUUAUUUCCUGUCUCAUAGUGGAAAGGUUACUUCUGUCUAUAAACAAGUAUUUGUUCCUUGCUUAAAAUCUGGAUGAUGAUACAUUAAUCAAUUUUACUGAUGCCAUUGUGUAUAUUUAAUGUUUUAGGCAGAUGAUAUUUUAACUGUUAUAGUGAGCUACUAACAAAUGCAAUCCUAGUUUAUUCAAAUAUUCUCUAUCGUCAUUUUACUUGUGUCUGGUGCUUUAUUAUAUAUACAUAUAUUGGUUUUAUUUUUACUUUUAUACAUUUAAUUGUGAGCGGGGAUUGCGAUCGAUGUUAGAAAUGAUCUCAGUGUUGUCUAUGUUAUUGUUUACCUGUCUCAUUUUAUAUUUAAGAGUACAUAAUUUCUAAUGAAAAUAAGAUGAGAAAUGUAAAGUUUUGGUUUAAUCAACUUUUUAUACUAAGAGAAAAUUGCAUCCAUAAAACUUUACAAAUGUUGCAAUUUCGGAGUUACUGCCCUUAAGCUGCAGUACACACACAAGGACGUUUCAGAAAUGUUUAAUAUUUCAGUAAUAUAAAACAGAUUGAAAAGAAUAUGCAUUUUACUUAACAGUAACUUAAAUCAAAUAUGAGUUUAAAAUAAAUGUCUGUUAUUUUGCAGCUGUAUGAACAAUUGACGUAAUAGAUAUAAUCAGGAAAUAUCAAAGUACUGGUAGAUUUUUAUAUGUUUAUAGCAAUCACUUCUUUUACUCAGGAAUCCAGAAUAUAAAUCCAAAUCUCCGUAAUUUGUAUUUUCCAUGCUUGACACUUAUCAAAGUUACAUGAAAAUAAUCUUCCAGUCAUAGUCAAUCAAGAUUGAUCUGUACCAAUGUGCAUGUUGAAAAUUUUGUAAAUCAAGGCUAUAAUGAAAAAUAUUUUUAAAUUUUAUUUUAUAUACCUUCAUUUUCAUAUGUUUGGUUUUCAUUUCCUUUGGUCAUAUUUUGUGUCUUUGUACAUACGAAAGAUUAUCAUUACCUGGUAUUUUUUUUUAUUAUAAAUAAGCAAUAUGUUUACAUAUAUAUGUAUGUUAUACAGAAUUUUCAAAGAUGUACUGUAGGUAUGCAAAAAUUGGUCUGUAUACGUAAAGAUACUGACACAUGGUUUGAUAUUUUGUAUAGAAGGUAAGCAUUGGUUUCUUUUUAAAGAGCACUUGGAAGACCUGCCUACCAUAGUACCAUAUGGUAUUGUUAACAAUGUUUAGCAAUUUAAAACUUUGAUGUAUAUUGUUUUUGACAACAUGCAUGUAUGUGCAUGUAGUCGGCAUGUUUUCUUCAUGAUAACCACAUUGCCAAUAGUAAUGCUUUGUUUGAUACUUACAAAGAACAUGGGAAAUAAGACAGUUCUAAUUGCAUUGAGUUCAGUCAUUAAUUACUUCAGUAAAUCAGAUUUCAGGUUUCCAUCUAUAAUCAUGGUAAGAUAACUGAAUCAUUAAAACAUGCCAAAACAACAUUAUUUACUAAUGUUGUUGUGAAGUUUGUAAAAAGCAAAGAACAUGCUAAUGUAAUACAUGUUGUCGAUAGUUUUUGUUGGGAUCAAUCCCAUGAAAAGGCUUAAUCAGUGUUACAAACAUCACAAGAAAAAAAACUCAGUUAUAUUUAAAUGACAUACCGUACAAUGUACAAUAUUCUCUCCAAAACUGUAUCAGGUUUUUUGUUUUUUUCUAAGAAUAAAUGAGUGUUGUGUUCAAAAAUGUUGUGUUACUAAUGAAUAUACAUUAAAAGGGAUAUUUUAAUAUUA